GAGCCCCUCCCCGGGUUUCCUCACAACGUCACAGUGCCACAUCAGCAGUGCCCCGCCAUCAUGACGGGCACAGCUCUGGGCAUGCCAAGCCAACUGGCCAACGAGUCUCUUGCCGACUACAAACAGCGGUUCCAGGCUCAGCUCGCUCUGAUCGAGGCUGAGGAACAGCGCCAGCUGGUAGCCGAGGCUGCCCGCCUACAGGCUGAAGCAGCGACAACAACUGAGAAGCAGCGGCUACAGACCGAAGCAGACGCAGAUAGCCAGGCACGCCACAAGGAGGCCCAGGAUCUGCUGCAGCGGCAUGAAGCUGCCAGCAUCGAAAGACUCAAGUUCUGGCACUUUGAACCAUCCAACGGCGACGACGCGACACCGGAAGAGCAGCACAAGGAGUUCCUCUCCAAACUUGUGACAUGGUUGUUGUACGCUUGCAACUACCAACGGUCCGAGCUAGAGAGACAGAACCAGGAACUGCCGCAACAGUACCAGGAUCUGAAGACACAACACCAGGAGUUGGCGAACCUCCACCGGAUGGUGCAGAGUCACGAGGAUGCUACACGGGCACUCAAUUCCCGUGUACUAGACCUGGAGCAAGCUGUACCAGGACCAGAUGGUGGUGAGUCCAGCAAUGCACCCUCUCACCGCCAACUGGAGCAACGCGUCAACCACGUCGUCGCAAUGUUCGGCGACAUCAGCACUUUCGCUGCGCCGACCACCAUCAGCAAUCAGCUGGAUACUUUGAAGACCGAGGUCCAGCAACUGCAGUCGACGAACACGGAUGGCAACAAUCCAAAGCAAUACAAAAUGCCAACUUUUCAACUUGAGAAGUUCGACGACUACACGCAUCAGGACCCGGUGCUCUGGUGGGAAGCUUUCACGACUCAACUUCGGAUUCUGCCUGUCGCCAAGCACGCGUACAUCGGCGCCCUGUUCAUGAACUUAAAGGGCGGAUGCCAGAUCUGGUUAACCCACCUGGCAGCCACCCAYGGCGUCGACGUCGCAGAUCUGAAGGACAAGGUCUCAUGGGAAGAAUUAACACGGCUGUGGAAGAAGCGGUUCAUCGUCGACGACGCACCAACACUUGCCAUCAACCGUCUCUUCACCAUGACUCAAGGCAACACAGCAACACGUGACUGGCUCACGGAAUGGCAGAAGAUCGCGGCAACGCCCGAUCUUGACUUACCAUUUGCGCAUUUGCGCCGUGAGCUUUACAACAGGUCAUGCGCUGCAUUGAGCCAGGCACUUGGUGAUCGCGAGCAGUAUGCAACUUUCGUCGAUAUUAUUGACAAGGCGAGAGAGAUCAUUAAGACCAACUGGGCGGCGACACACGAGAAGUCAACGUGGCAGCCAACCUAUGUGGAGAAGGUGAGAACUGGUCCGCGACAACAGCAGUUCGCUGCAGUCCAAUUGAACAACACUGUGGAAGACCCGACAGCCACCCAAGCGUCACGUGAGGGAGAUCAGGUGGCUGCUGUCCAGCCGCGAAGCAACAACAAACCUCGAGUGAACGGGAAGGCGAAACCAGCAUCGCAGGCCGGAAACGGACAGCCGGCACCACCAUGGGUCAAGUUCAACUUGACCGAGGCCGAGUACAAGUACCGCAACCGUUACGGCUGCUGUUACUGGUGCAACAACACCAAGCACAAGACCUCCCUUUGCCAGGAUCAGGCCAAGGAGGAUGUGCGGCCUCCUUUGCCGCCAUCUACCGCUGGGGAUUCAACGUCAUGGUCAAGACUUGAAGAGCUCGACCCGUUGACAUUUGCGGACUUCCAAUGGAUGCCCCUUCCCCGGUCUGGUCGAUUGCCGAAACCGCAUUGCAACGUGCUCAAGGCACAAUUGCGGGAUUACUUGCACACUGCAGUACCGACUCCGUUGAUGGACGCCGGAGUAGAGGUUGUCGACCUUCACGCCUACAUUGCGAAGAUCGACCGCGAGUUCAAGACUCAAUGGUACGACGACAUCGACGCACCAUUGCUAUAUGUACGCAUUCAGAUCGGAGAGGCGACCUGCAACGCUUUGAUCGAUUGCGGAGCAUCUCGCAACUACAUGAGUCAGGACUUCAUGGUACGCGUCGGCCUUGGCCCACGAGUCCGAAGGAAGUCCCAGCCCAUGCAAGUCACGUUGGCGGACGGUCACACGCACAAGUCAAUCGACCGGUGCAUUGAUGACGUCCCAGUGUACUUUGCCCCUCACGCAAGUGAGGCGGUGUCCUUUGACAUUCUGGACACCAAAUUCGACAUGAUCUUGGGCAUGUCAUGGUUGCGAAGCGAGGAUCACCCGGUGAACUUCUACCGCCGCAACGUUCAUGUUCGUGAUCGGAAUGGAGUACUAGUCCCAUGCACGGUAGCUCCUCCUCACCCUUCAGUCAGCUGGCACGUGGUAUCCGCCGCAAGCAUGCGAGCGUCGAUCAUCAGAGACGACAUCGAGGAGAUGGGGGUGUGUUUUCUCCACGCCCUCCCGCCCCAUGACGCUUCACCGACGGACUCAUUUUCGGAUCCACGCAUCACCGAGCUUCUCGACGCCUACAGCGACGUGUUCGAAGGCCCGCACGGAGUAACGAUCAGGAACGCCGGCCCUCUCUCACGCAUCGACGAUCUUCUCGAGCGACCGGGCGGCACCAAGUUCUUCUCCAAGCUCGAUCUCAAGGCAGGAUAUCACCAACUCGAGAUUCGCAAGGAGGACCGCUACAAGACCGCGUUUAAGACGCGAUAUGGGCAUUUCGAAUGGCUGGUCAUGCCAUUUGGCCUUACGAAUGCCCCGACCACUUUCCAAGCGGCUAUGACAACGGAGUUCCGACACAUGCUGGAUCGAUACGUACUUAUCUACCUCGAUGACAUCUUGGUGUACAGCCGGAGUUUGGAGGAGCAUGUGGAACACCUGCGCACCGUUUUGGAGCGGCUACGACAAGCCAAGUACAAAGCCAACUGCGACAAGUGCGAAUUCGCGCGACAGGAGCUGGAGUACUUGGGACAUUAUGUGACGCCGCAAGGCAUCCGUCCGCUUGCGGACAAGAUCGAGGCCCUACGAGUAUGGCCCGAGCCCACCAACACCACGGACGUUCGUUCAUUCAUGAGAUUGGCGGGCUACUAUCAGCGAUUCAUCACCGGAUACUCGAGGAUUGCUGCACCUAUGACGAGAUUACAAUCGCCAAAGGUGCCAUUCGUAUUCGAUGACGACGCACGCCGGUCAUUCCAAGCACGUAAGAAGACUAUGCUCAUGGCACCCGUCCUUAGCAUCUAUGACCCCACCCCGCCGACGAGAGUGACUACGGACGCUUCCGGCUAUGGCAUUGGGGCAGUCUUGGAACAACACGACGGCGACGACUGGCACCCUGUGGAGUAUUUCAGCCACAAAGCGCCUCCCAUCGACUCGCUUGAUGAUGCAAGGAAGAAGGAGUUGCUCGCAUUCGUCAUGGCUCUCAAGCGAUGGCAGCACUUCCUCCUUGGGCGUCGUAGGUUCAUAUGGGUUACGAGCAACAAUCCAUUGACCUACUACAAGACGCAGGACACGGUGAGCAGCACGAUCGGACAAUGGAUGUACUUCAUCGACCAAUUUGACUUCACACCGAAACAUCUUCCCGGCCUCUCAAAUUGCGUAGCAGAUGCACUCUCGCGAAGACCUGAUCUUUGCGCUAUGACACAUCAUGCCUUCGCAUUUGACGAGGAGCUUCAACGACACUUCAUCAGGGGCUACAAGUCCGAUCCAGAUUUCGCCACGCUAUAUGCGCAGCUAUCUUCGGAUCACCCACCGGCCAGCCACUAUCGCAUCGCCGAUGGUGACACGUCAGCACUGCCACGUGAGCAACAGUGCCAUGUCAGCAGUGCCACGUCACAGUGCCACGUAAGCAACAGUGUCACGUCAGCAGUGCCACGUCACAGUGUCACGUAAGCAACAGUGCCACGUCAGCAGCGCCACGUUACAGUGACACGUCA